AUGGACAACAUCAUGGACAACAUUCGUCUCUGUGGCUCACGGCUGGAUCGGUGCCGCGAGCUUUUAUACGAGCUCUCUGUUACUCACGGAACAAUCGCUGCACAAAGAACUCCCAUGUUUAGAGACCGGUUGAUUAAUGCAAACGCAAACCAACGCCGCCUUGAGGCCAAACCUCCUCGUGACGCGGUGCUUACCACUGGUCACUUGAAGCUCACAACAAAGCUCCUUGAAGAAAUCGAGCAUGAGCAUCGCAAAGCACGGGCAGAGAACUUGGGCUUGAAUAGGAGUCAGUAG